CGCGCGCAAGUGUGCCGCGCCAUCAGAGAUCGGUUCCAAUUUCCAAGCCCGCCGCUUCGUGCUCGCCUUCCGCGCGGCUCCUUCGCCCUCGUGCUCCUUUGACGCGACCGCGCACGACGCGCCGCCAUGUCGGUCUAUAAAUUUAUAUCCAUGGCUGCAGAUACAGCAGCAAGCAGAUCGUCACAGGAUCUGGAUCAAUAGCGUGAUGGACCAAGACGAGUACCUGUCCCUGUGCCUCAUGGCGCUCGCCGCCGCGUGCCAGCAAGCCGGCGCGGCGCCAUCGUCGUCCAUGGCGGCGGCGUCGACCGACCUCCCGCUCCACUUCCGCUGCCCCCUCUGCGGCAAGGCGUUCGCGUCGUACCAGGCGCUCGGCGGCCACAAGGCGAGCCACCGCAAGCCGCCAGCAGCGGCUGGCGUGGCGCCAUUGUUCCACCAGAAGGAAGUCAGCGCGGAGGCAUCGGCGUCCGGGAGCGGAUGCGGCGGCACCGGGCGGCACGUCUGCACGGUGUGCCGCAGGGGAUUCGAGACCGGGCAGGCGCUCGGCGGGCACAAGAGGUUCCACUACCUGCACGGGCCGUCGGUUUCGGCGUCGCUGCCCGGCGCUGCAGAGCCGAGCGCGGGCGGUGGGUUUGACCUGAACCUGGCGCCGCUGGUGGCGCCGGAGAUUGGAUUUCCCGGCGUGAGGAGGCGGAGCGAGGACGAGGAGGUGCAGAGCCCAUUGCCCUUGCCGGCUAAGAAGCCACGCCGCCGGCCGUCAAAUUCUGCGUGAA